GACGUGGUUCGGCUGUCGUGCGUCGCACGCGUCUGUUUGCUCCUAGCGACGCUCGGAUUUCGCGUAAUUAUUUCUAACUGAAAAUCAUACGAAAUACCCUUCCCAGUUGUACCCCUUCACCCCCAGUGAUGCUUAUAACUAUGUAAAAAUACGUAACACAAAUCAUCAAAUAAAAAGUGCAUGUAAACAAUCGAACGAUCGAUGUUUAUUAAAUAAUUCCGAAUGUUAAGUUUGUUGAACUUUUUCGCACGGGCCGGAAUAUUGUGACGUUUGUGCAUCGAGAUUAGGAAUAGGGCUACAUAUGCGAGUUUCAUGGUCGCACGAAAUUCAUAUGUAAUUCAAGUGAUACAUAUCGUGUAAAAUGAAGUUAUAAACAAUCGACUGUAGUGUGUUCAAUAAAGAAACAUAUCUUCAAGCAUAUCAGUGUAGUGUGAUAGUGAAAAUGUCCGAACGCUUCAAGGUGACGAAGUUCGACGAACCUUCGGGUAAGAAUUACAAGAACUACGGGGCUACUUCCGCUGAGAGUGAUGUGGAGCUGAAAGGAAAGCUGCUGCCUGAUCCAGGUGACACUGAUGACCAUGGCCUGCCAAAAGAAAAGGAUAAAUGCUGCGACACCAAUCUUUACCUCUAUCACGAGGAGAUUGAAGACCGACCCCGAGCAGCUACAUUUCUCAGUUCCCUGGCUGACUACUCCAACACCAUACCGACAGCCUCCGCCGCCGACCCCGAUGCGCCGAAACCUGCUCCCCCCGCUCGCAUGGGCACCCUCAUCGGCGUCUACUUACCCUGUAUCCAGAACAUUUUUGGCGUUAUCCUCUUCAUCCGUCUGACCUGGGUUGUUGGCACAGCUGGUGCUAUACAAGGAUUCCUGAUUGUACUUACUUGCUGCUGCACGACAAUGUUAACCGCGAUAUCUAUGUCCGCUAUUGCAACGAACGGCGUGGUACCUGCAGGCGGGUCUUACUUCAUGAUCGGAAGGUCUCUGGGUCCAGAAUGUGGUGGUGCAGUGGGAAUGCUCUUCUAUACGGGGACUACGCUCGCUGCAGCCAUGUACAUCGUUGGUGCUGUAGAAAUCGUCCUAACGUAUAUGGCGCCUUGGAUGUCAAUCUUCGGAGAUUUUACAAAGGAUCCUGAGGCUAUGUAUAACAACUUCCGAGUUUAUGGAACUGGAUUACUAUUGAUUAUGGGAAUGGUGGUGUUCGUUGGAGUGAAAUUUGUGAACAAGUUUGCAACCAUCGCACUCGCUUGCGUAAUUCUCUCAAUAACUGCUGUGUAUGUCGGAAUAUUCGUGAACUUCAACGGAAACGAUAAACUUCAAAUGUGCGUGCUUGGAAAACGGCUGCUUAAAGAUAUUCACAUAAGUAACUGCUCUAAGGAUCCGGGUGGUGAAUUAGAACAAAUAUUCUGUCCCAACGGUACUUGUGAUCCUUACUAUCACACGCAUGAAGUCAGCAUCGUUCAGGGUAUUAAGGGAUUGGCAAGCGGUGUUUUCUUUGAUAACUUACAAGACUCUUUUCUACAAAUCGGUCAAUAUAUAUCGUAUGGAAAGGAACCUGAUGAUAUAGAGCAAAUGGAACGCCCUACAUACAAUCAAAUUUAUGCCGAUUGUACGACUACUUUUACAAUUUUGAUUGGAAUAUUUUUUCCAUCAGUAACUGGUAUUAUGGCUGGUUCUAACCGUUCCGGAGAUUUAGCAGACGCUCAGAAAAGUAUACCUAUUGGUACCAUAUGCGCUAUUCUGACCACUUCUACGGUUUAUUUAUCCUGUGUUUUAUUAUUCGCUGGAACUGUCGAUAAUUUGUUACUUCGCGACAAAUUUGGCCAGUCCAUUGGCGGGAAACUUGUUGUAGCUAAUAUGGCCUGGCCAAACCAAUGGGUAAUUUUGAUUGGAUCUUUCCUGUCAACAUUGGGAGCUGGUUUGCAGUCUUUAACCGGUGCGCCGAGGUUACUGCAAGCUAUUGCCAAAGAUGAAAUCAUACCAUUCCUUGCACCAUUUGCAGUUUCGUCUAGCAGAGGUGAACCCACUCGUGCCCUGCUACUCACGAUGCUUAUAUGCCAAUGCGGUAUUCUACUCGGAAACGUUGACAUCUUGGCUCCACUGCUAUCCAUGUUCUUCCUUAUGUGCUACGGAUUUGUCAAUUUGGCGUGUGCUCUUCAAACGUUACUGAAGACACCUAAUUGGCGACCAAGAUUCAAAUACUAUCACUGGUCUCUAUCAUUAGCCGGUCUUACGCUAUGCAUUUCAAUUAUGUUCAUGACGUCAUGGUUCUACGCUCUUAUUGCAAUGGGUAUGGCUGGACUUAUCUAUAAAUACAUCGAAUAUCGCGGAGCUGAGAAGGAAUGGGGUGAUGGUCUUCGUGGUUUAGCAUUAUCUGCCGCUCGUUAUUCUCUGCUGCGUCUUGAAGAAGGUCCUCCACACACUAAGAAUUGGCGCCCUCAAGUUUUGGUACUUGCCAAAUUAAACGAUGAUCUUAACCCGAAGUAUCGGAAAAUGCUCGCUUUUGCCAGUCAGCUUAAAGCUGGUAAAGGUUUGGCUGUAUGUGUAUCCGUACUUGGUGGAGAUUUUACAAGACGCGCUGGAGAAGCAUCUACAGCAAAGCAGAACUUGCGUAAAUGCAUGGAAGAAGAAAAAGUUAAAGGUUUUACUGAUGUUCUAGUGGCUCAUAGUAUUGCUGAUGGACUUAGCCAUUUUGUCCAAACAACUGGUCUAGGAGGUCUGAAACCAAACACUGUAAUCGUUGGCUGGCCGUACGGCUGGAGACAGUCUGAGGACGAUCGCACUUGGCACGUUUUCUUGCAUACUGUACGAGCUGUAACUGCUGCAAGGAUGGCUAUGCUCGUUCCUAAAGGAAUUAACUUCUUCCCUGAUUCCACUGAAAAAGUUUCGGGUAAUAUUGAUAUCUGGUGGAUCGUCCAUGAUGGAGGCAUGCUAAUGCUGUUGCCAUUCUUGCUAAAACAACACCGAACAUGGAAGAAUUGUAAAAUGCGAAUUUUCACUGUAGCUCAAAUGGAAGACAAUUCUAUACAGAUGAAAAAAGAUCUUAAGAUGUUCCUUUACCAAUUACGUUUGGAAGCUGAAGUCGAAGUUGUAGAAAUGACCGACAGUGAUAUCUCUGCUUAUACAUACGAACGAACCCUGAUGAUGGAACAACGAAACCAAAUGCUCCGGGAACUCAGACUUAACAAGAAGGAAACUUUGGGCAUGAUGCAAAAUUUGGUGGACUAUCGUGAACAAAACGCUGAGGAGAAGUUGCCUCUGGUACAAGCUAUAGUAGACCACCACCAUGCUGACGUGAAAACAGCAAGCAAAGUACGAUUUGCGGAACCCGGUAGCGAACCCAAUCCGAACGACGCACCUUCACCACCUCUAGCUGAUAGCGAUGAGAAAGACACUGACGACAAGGACGACUUUCGAAGUAGUUUGUUGCACAUAAUUGAUUCAAUGUGGGACUCGUCCGAUGAAAACUCACAGUGUGAGGGAGCUCCUUCGCCGCCCCUGGACGCCGAGAAGAAAGACAGCAACGCCAACGGAGACGCGCUCAAUCCUAAACCUAAUUUGCCUAAUAUUACACCUGACGAAGGCACGGUACGUCGCAUGCACACAGCCGUGAAGCUGAAUGAAGUGAUCGUGUCGCGGUCUCAUGACGCACAACUAGUCAUACUGAACCUGCCCGGACCUCCUCGUGACACUAAGCUGGAGAGAGAAUCUAACUAUAUGGAAUUCCUGGAGGUGUUGACAGAGGGGCUGGAAAAGGUGUUGAUGGUGCGUGGCGGUGGAAGGGAGGUCAUCACAAUCUACUCGUGAAUGACCUGCCUCCUUCUCUUGACACAAAAAGGCAAUAUUUUACAUUACGUGCGACUUUUAGGACAUUGCGUUUACGUACGUUUUUAGGAACUUUUACACGGCACGAAUCAUGACACUUCAAGAAAAAAUAUGUGACUUUUACACUAUUGGUUGUAUUGUUUGGAUGGUUUGGACGUUAUAUACUCGAGUGUAUAACAAAACUAUCGCAUUCGUCUUCGGCUUAUGUUUCGAAGAAUGUAAUUGUUUAGUAAAAUAUCGCAAGUGUCCAAUCGAUAGAGAAUAUUGAGACGACCGCGACAUGAUGACCGAAAAUGUUAACUAAUGAAAACAAAAGUUAUCUACUGAUUCAAUGCCCAUAAUAUGAAGUAAAUAUUUUUUAAUUUUAUGUGUGUGUGUGUGUGUGUGUGUGAAAAUAUAUACCCCCCACCUACGACGGUAUGAAUCGAUCGGACACUUGCAUUUUUCUUAUGACUACUACAAUAUUACAUUAGAUGUAAAUUUUGUUAUAUUUGACACAUAGGACGAUUAUUUUUGAAGUUUAUUCACUGUUGUAUAGUAUAUUAUGUAUUAAAUUAACGGACUUAUUCUAACGAAGAGCCUUACUUAGAUCGGUAGUUCUAAGUUCGUUUCGUCAUAGACUAGCUGAGAGCGUAGAUAUAUCUUUGUUACAGAUAUGCCAUAUCGUUUUUAAUUUUACGGUUGUUAUACUUAUCCUUCUACUUUAUUUUUUCUAUGGAUGUUAAGCAUAGCUAUUUUAUAGAUUUAGAAUAUACAAACUAUGCGGAUUCUGUAAAAUUUAAUGUAAAUAGUAAUUUCUUUCAUAAGAUAUUCGACGUCUGCUCAACUUUAAAAUAAUCUUUGGACUGAAAGUGAAAUUUUAUUGAACCGGAACGACUCGUAGGUGAUUGGAUUAAAUUUUCAUCUAGUCAUUUCCGAUGAUUUUCUAUAAAAUUGUAUUACUUUAUUUGAAGUUUGAAAUUAUGACGAGACACAAAUAGUUGCUAUUGCAAUAGCAGGAUUAAAGUGAAGAAGUGUAUUGAAAAUCUUAUAAUGGAAGGGUUUACCUUUCAUUUAGAUACUUACUGUAACUUUAGUAUUUAAACUCGUAAACGUUUUGCGCACAUUCGCGUAGUUAGAAGAUUUCUUACUGUGAUCGUUUAUAUAAUGUUUUGUCAUCUGUACCUUAUUCAUUAAUGGCGAAAUAUCUUCUAGUUGUAAGCGAAAAUUAUAAUUUAGCUUAAGUGAAUUUGAAUUAUCUGAUAAACAUAACUGUAUUCUAAUAUUAUGAUAUAUAAGUAACUGUAAGGUUAAAGAAUUACUCUUUUUAUAUACUUUAAGUAAACUCUAACAGAAAUGCGAUAUCAAAACAUUCCACAUCUUUCCUAAAUAUAGGUAAAUAUUUUGAAUUAAGAUCUAUUCAGAAGUGUUCCAAAAGCACUAAUUGCUUCUCUAUAAGGUAUCUAUAGAUAUAAAUAUCUUCCUACUUCAUAGAAAACAAUCGCUGCUGGCAGUAUUAAAUUCGAAGUUAAUUCGAAUGUGGCAAUGCCAAAUAACUUUCAACACAUUGGAAUAUCUAUAUGAAAAAAUUGUCAAUUUGAUUUCUAUAACACCAUAAUUAGUAAGCAUUCAUAAGUGCGAAGAGUGUUAGAUGACUGCCAAAUAGGUAUCGGUGUUGUAAAAUAAUUAGAUCGUAAGAACGUACUUUUAAUCAUAUUAAAUGUGUUUGAAAUUUUGAGAUCCUAGUUGUUUAGAUUCAAGCGAAUAAUAGACAUAAGAACUAGUGCAUGAUAUCACUUUUAACUUGUUGAGUAGAAAUCGUAUUCAUAGCAAUGGUGUGUGAGUGAGGGCCUUUAUCCCUUUCUCACUUGCAAAUUAGAGAUAGAACAAAUUACACAUUCACUCAAAAUAAUUGCUUUCAUAAAUCAAAAUCUAAAUUUAGUUCGUAUAUAUACGUACAUGACAGAUCAUAAAUUACAUUAACAAAUUUGUUUAAAAUAAAUCAAUUGUUUGUUUUUGUUCGUUUUAGAUCUAACUAAAUAAAUAUCGAUAAAGGAAAGAUAAUUUAAAUUAUUAUUAGCUAAAUUUAUUGCAACAAUAUUAGGAAAGUAAAAAAUUUUGAUUUUUUGCUUAUCUAAGCUUCUUUUAGUUAAAAAAAUGAAUAUAUAAAUCAAAUGAAUUGGCUAAGAACAGUAUUAUGAGAUAGGACUGAUUCGUUUAUUGACAAGCGAACUAUUUUAAUCCAACUAUGUAUCUAUCUUGAAUGCUUAUGAAUGAUACAACAGUAUAAUAUAAUACAGAAACACAAAUUUAAUAUAUGAAAUUACUUGCUAAACUUAUUCGAAUUAUAUAGAGAUUAUUCGUGGAUGGUUUGAUAGUGAAUAUUCGGAUGGUUAAGCGAUUGCUCUUAAACUGCGUCUUAUGCACUUCGCCUUGAUAAAGUGAUAGCAGUGUGAUCUUUUGAAUAAAAGGGUAUAAAGAAAUUAAUCAACAAUCACUUAAUAAAAUUAAGUACAUAAUAUUUAUGCAAAGAAAAUUAUAUUAUUUUAAAGUGAAAUAGGUAUACUGUUAUAUUAUUUUAUCACUUAGUGAUAUUUUUAAACAUACAA